AUGCGCGCCACGAGUGUAGACAUUCAACGCCAGGACACUCUACAACAACCCGAGCGACCAGGUGAAAGACCCAUUCCUCAACAGCCGCUGGAUUUGCUCCCAUCUCCUUGUACAACAGACAACAGUUCUCAACAGGGUUCUGUCGGCGACAUAUUUGGGCGUGACAGCUUCAUCGCGACAGACUCGGUGCUUUCAUAUGACUUUCUUCGCCGCCCUUCUGGCUCUGCUACAUUGGCGUCAUCAAAAGCAGAGCCACCAGCAGAACCAUCAGCAUCCUCCGAAGACCUCGGGCUAAACUCUCAAGAUCAACAACGCUCAACGCUGGGAAUAAGCAGUUGCCAUGAGAAAACUUCGGUCCAAUCGUGGCAAUCUGUCGAGGCGGUUCUUCGGUCACUGCCAACUUCUCUUCCAUUAAAAGAACCUCUACAUCGCGCUCUGUUUGAUGCUUUCCAUCAGCAUGUCUACACCACAUAUCCGAUCGUGGGGGCAGAGGAGCUCCUUGACCCGGAUAGGAAUAUGAUGCCGACAGUGUUGCGAUCAGCGAUAUGCCUGGGAGGGAGUUUAAUGAGGAGAAUUUCGUCCACAGAAGAGCUGCGUCUAUCGUAUUCGUUAUAUCGUGAGGUGAAGCGCCUGAUCUCGCUGCAGGAGGAUGGCGACGAGGAAGAUCAUGUGGCCUUACUGAAGGCGAUUUGUCUUAUGUCAUGCUGGAGCCUGAGACCUCCUUAUGUGGUGUCGUUGGGGGGGCCGUGGCAUUGGACAGGGCUGGCGAUUCGAUUGGCGAUACAGAUGGGAUUGCACCGGGAAGAGACAUAUUGUGGUCUACGAGAUGGGGAGUCCCUUCGCCGGGCGUGGUGGCACCUUGUGAUGAGUGAUGGCAUUCAGGCGGCGUGCUGGGGUCGCCCACUGAUGAUCCGGUCCAUCGACAUGGAUGUGCUGCUGCCCACAGUGGACAGUAGUAGUGGCGAAUUCAAACUGCGCAAUUUCGUAUACUCAGUGCAUCUUGCACAGAUCGUCCGCCGCGUUAUCGAGUUCGAUGUCCAGGAUUUAUCACCAAUUGUCGCGAUGCUUCACAACUGGACGGAGAGCUUACCAGUCGAUCUCGUGCUAUACGACUCUAAUGGUCAACGGAGACCGUACUGCAAGCUGACUAACCAGUUAUACAUCAUGUACUUUGUGGCCAUUAUAUUUACGAUCUUUCGCUGUAGGCCGAGUGACAAUCGAUCGCGGGCGACCCUGCUCACCGUUGUCGCCUCAUCGUGCAUGAUUCGUCUUUUCGAGGAAUUGUACCAUCAUGAACAAAUCUCACAACUACUACCGAUUAACGGGUUUUUCUUGAUGCUUGCCGCCAUUCCUCAGAUAUACUAUCAUCCACAGACACAGGCGAAAGAGCGGCUCAGAGAAGAAGAGUUGAGUGUCAUUCGUACGAUUCUGGCACAACUUCGCAUCAAAUACGGUGGAUGUGAUAUGGUGCUCCGCAAGAUCUGCCGGUUGCAGGAUGAGGAGCUGCAAGGCAGACCCUCAAAGUCUUUGCUCUUUGAUGACCGGCAGGUAUUGGAAACAUGUGGAGAGCUCCCGUUCUUAUCGGCUUCACGAAAAUUGUUCCCCUUUCCUGCGGAGACAUUUCCGAACCUCGACUUGCUCGGGGAGGAAGUUUUGAGCUCCCAUGAAAUCGAUCUGUCAGAUCUGUUCCCAGUCGAAGGCUCGCUAGAAGAAUGGUCGUUCAAUGAUCCCAAGCUAUGGAUAGAUGUGGAUGGAUUUGACUGGCCCCGAUGA